AUGCUCAGCGAGGAGGAAAACUACGCGCUUUUACUCUCCACUUUAGCCGGGUUGAGCACCUCCGUCGGGGGCGUUUUAGCCGUAUGGAAACGACCCGAUGCGAAGCUGUUAGCGUUCUUAUUAGGGACGGCUAUUGGAGUUAUGGCCACGUUAUCUUUCGUAGAAUUAUACGUGAAAAAUGUUCUGGAGAAUGGAUUUUGGGGAGUCACUCUGUCCACCAUGGCGGGUGCGGUUUUAUACGCCAUCGUGGAGCCGUUGUUACCUCACGUCGAUUUGUUUGAAAAAGAUGGUCCCGGUGGAACCAAACAGAAACAAAAUGGAGGAGGAUCGGGAGGAUCGGGAGGAGGGAAAGUGAAGAGCAGCGAAUCGAACACGUCAUCAUCUUUAUCGAAAUCAAUGUCCUCGUCCAUGUCUUCUGCUAUGAACGAGCGGGGCAAUCCUGUGCCGGGCGAAACCGAAGCUUCGCGCGGUCGUUUGAUGCGCUUGGGUAUUUUAAUGGCGGUUGCUAUGACUUUACACAACAUUCCAGAAGGUUUCGCCGUGGCAUUUUCAUCUUUCACUGAAAUUGGGCCGAUAAUGGCCAUCGCAAUUGGUUUACACAACGUGCCGGAGGGUAUUAUUGUCGCCGCACCGGUGUAUGCUGCAACGGGAUCAAGGAGGAAAGCACUGGCGUUGGCGACGGCUUCGGGUUUGAGCGAACCGCUCGGAGCAUUGUUUGCGUUAUUUUUUAUUCAGCCGUACUUGACGCCUUUGCGAUUACAAUACAUGUUAGCUGCAACUGGUGGAGUUAUGUCUGCGGUGUGUUUUAUCGAGCUUUGGCCGGAAGGAAAGAAAUGUAAAAAUGAUUUGAGUUUAGCGAAAGGAGUGAUACUUGGGAGCGCCUUGAUGCUCGGUACGCUCUACGUCGGCGUUUAA